CUUGGCGCAGCAGAAGAAGUGUGGUCCAAAAAAGGAGAAUCUAUGGAAACAAUGGCGGUUAGCACUACCAGUAGGAGUAGCAGCAGCAGCAGCAGCAGCAAAUGGCUGGUGAGCUUGAAAGAGCUGAAGAAAGUGAGCUUGGUAGCAGCUCCAAUGGUGGCCGUCACAGUUCUGCAAUACCUUCUUCAGGUAGUUUCAAUCAUGAUGGUCGGCCACCUUGGCCAGCUCUCCCUCUCCGCCGCCUCCAUUGCUUCUUCCUUCACCAGUGUUACCGGCUUCAGCUUGCUUUUUGGAAUGGCGGGAGGGUUGGAGACACUAUGCGGCCAAGCCUACGGAGCAGAGCAGUACCACAAGCUCGCAACCUACACUUACACCGCCAUCGCGUCCAUGACCUUGAUAUGCUUCCCCAUCUCCAUCCUCUGGCUUUUCUUGACAGACAAGCUACUCAUCCUCACAGGGCAGGACCAUUCGGUCUCGAAAUUAGCUCGCAGCUACUCGAUCUGCCUCAUCCCGAACCUCUUCUCCUACGCGAUACUCCAGGCACUGAUCCGAUACUUCCAGGCACAAUCACUGAUCACUCCACUGCUCUUCAGCUCACUUGCAACACUCUGCAUCCACAUCCCUCUUUGCUGGGCUCUGGUGUUCAGAUCAGGAUUGGGAACCAUUGGAGCUGCAUUGGCUGUCAGCUUAUCGUACUGGGUCUAUGUGGUAUUGCUAGGCGUUUACAUGGCUCGUUCUGCAGAAUGCAUGAGAACUCGGUGUAAGUUCGUGUUCAAGGAUGUGUUGUUAGCCGCUGGGGAGUUCCUGAGGUUUGCUGCUCCCUCCGCGGUAAUGACCUGUCUUGAGUGGUGGUCGUAUGAGGUGCUGAUAUUGCUGUCGGGGCUCUUGCCAAGCCCAAAAGUGGAAACCUCAGUUCUUUCUAUUUGCUUUACAAUAACCUAUCUCCACUAUUUCAUUCCAUAUGGGUUCGGAGCUACUGUAAGUACUAGAGUGUCAAAUGAACUGGGAGCAGGGAACCCGAGGGCAGCGAAAAUGGCAGUCGGGGCGAUACUCGUUCUUGCGAUUAUCGAGCUGGUCGUUGUGAUCGUACCUCUAGUCCUCUGCCGACGCUUUUUGGGGUAUGCUUUCAGCAGCGACAAAGAGAUAGUAAAGAAAGUUGCAGACAUGGCUCCUUUCAUUUGUGCCUCGGUGGUCAUGGACACCUUACAAACUGUACUUUCAGGGGUUGUGAGGGGAAUUGGUUGGCAGAACUUAGGGGCUUAUGUGAACCUUGGAGCUUACUAUCUGGUUGGAACACCAGUAGCUGUAGUGUUGGCUUUUGUUGUGCACAUAGGUGGGAAGGGAUUGUUGAUAGGACUGGCAAGUGGAUCAUUUGUGCAGGCAACAAUGUUUGCUUUCAGAAUAGCUCUCACAGAUUGGCAACAACAGGCAUCUAAAGCAAGAGAGAGAAUCUUCCAUGGGGGAGACGAUGCUUGAUCAUGAAGAUAUGAACCAAGAAAUGGGGCUCAACUUGCAGAAAUUAUAUCAGGAAAAAAGAACAGAUUUGACUUCAAAGCUCAUAUUCAGUAUGUGAGAUUGACAAAGAGAAGUAGCGUCUUCAGAAGACCAUUCUGGUCUGAGCUUGG